AUGGAAAUUCAUAGGGAAGAAGAUUCAAAAGAAGUAGAUCAGCCUGAAGAAAUCGCAUUGCUUUUUCACUGAGCCAGAGAAGUUGGUAUCUAUCUUAACCUAAACUUGCUAUACCCUGUGCAAUUUUCAAAUAAAUAUUAUGGAAUUCAAGCUCGAUCUCCCAUCUCUGCUGAAGAAUGUCUUUUAGUAGUCCCUAAUAGUGUGAUUUUUUCUUUAAAUUUGCAUACACCUCUUCAACUGGAAGAAAUUUUUUCAGCGCACCCUGAGUAUUUUUCUAUUAAAGCUAGAGAUUAUGAAGAAAAUCGACUGAUAACAUUUUUACUGUUUGAGAUUGCAAAAGGCCCAGGAUCAUUUUGGUUUCCUUGGGCUGAGUUGGAAAAAGCCUGGGGUUUUUUUAACACUGCCUUUUAUCUGCAAAAAAAUAACGAAAGUUUUUUACUUAAAAAUUAGAGGAUAAAUUGCUGUGCAUUAUUAUAAUUAUUUUUUUUUAUAAAAAUUAGGAAAAAACUUCAUCAUUUUUGAUGGAUGGAUGAAAAACAUGGAAAAACACUCAGGUUUUUCUCGGCUCAACCCAGUUUCCUUAUUUCAAUUCAUUUCCAAGAAACAUAGAAAAUUUGCAGGAUUGGGGAGCAAAGGAUUUAAUUGAGCUUCAAGAUAUUUCAAUAUUAUAUGAUACUAAUUUUAGAAGAAAGAAAAGAAAAGCAUCUAUUAAAGAGCUCAAUAGCAUAUUAAAAGAAUACCCUCAUAUUUUUAUAGUUGAAGAUAUACUAAUUGACCAAGAAUAGCCCACUAUGGAGCCAUUCUUGAUCUGCCAGAAAAAAUUUUGACAAAAAGAUCCUAAUCUCUGCCAUUACCACUGAGUUUUGGUGUUUCAAAUUUUUUGGGCAAGCCAAAUGCAAUAAAAAAAAUUGUUCUUUUGCGAUGAUGCAUUUGGCUUGUCAAAAAAAAAUUUGGAAACACCAAAACUCAGUGGUAAUGGCAGAUUAGGAUCUUUUCUGCCAUUACCUCUGAGUUUUGAUGUUGCCAAAUGUUUUUGACAAGCCAAAUGCAUCAUCGCAAAAGAACAAUUUUUUUUAUUGCAUUUGGCUUGCCCAAAAAAUUUGGAAACACCAAGACUCAGUGGUAAUGGCAGAUUAGGAUCUUUUGUCAAAAUUUUUUCUGGCAGACCAAGAAUGGCUCCUUAGUGGGCUAUUCUUGGUCAAUUAGUAUAUAGAAGAAGAAAUAAUCAAUAAAUGCUGAAAAACUAUAGAAACAAGAAGCUUUCGUAAAGGACUGCCCAAUUUAUCAUUAGUGCCUCUUGCAGAUUUAUUUAACCAUGGAAUUAACUAUGAAAGCUAUAAGUAUGGAAAUGAAAAUGAGUGAGGCAGGAAUUAUGAAGAAAUCAAUACAGAUAGCGAAGAUGAGGAUGAAGCUAUAAUUGAAGAUCCUCCAUGCUUGACUUUAUCUAGCCAAAAGUUGCAUAGAUUAAAUUUUGGCAUAUAUGAUCAUUUGACAGAACCAAUGGAAAAAAAUUCAAAAAAAAUCGAAGCAGAAGCCAAAAAAAUUGAUGGAAAAAUUUUUAUGAAGAAACUGAAAGCUGCGUCUAGAGAAAAAGAAAUUAAAAAAAAAUUUGAUGAAGAAAGGAAUUCAUUUAGAAUUUCUGCUGGGAGUUCUGAAUCUUAUGAAGCAGGCUCUCAAGUUUGUAUUUCUUAUGGAAAAUAUUCUAACUCCCCACCCCCAUCCUUGAUCGAACGAUUGACUGUAAAAAUUCCUAAAAAUUGGGGAAAUUAACCCCCAUCCUUGAUCGAACGAUUUUCAUAUCAUACAAAUUUUUAUAUAUAUAAAAAAUAUAAUAGUUAUCAAAAGCUUGGGAAGAUGUACAUAAUGAAGUUGUUUUCAGAGACUUUGAGAGACAGAAAGCUUUGGAAUCAACCAUUCGAAGGGAUUUAGUCAUCAACCUAGGCUUAAAAACUCAAUAAUCUAAUAAAAUAGAGAUUCUUUAAAAUUUUAAAAAAAAAAAAUUUAAUUUAAUAAGGAACAAAUUAAAAUUUAUACAGUUUAAAGGGGGGUAACUAAUAAAUUAAAAUAUAAAAAAUUGGUAUUUUUAUGAAAUUAAUUCAAUUUUUUGCUGUAAAAAUAAUUAUUAAAUACUCUUAACCCUCUUUUUUAAAAUUAAAUAAAAAUAUAUAUAUUUAUUUUAUUUUAUAUAUAAAAUUUUUUUUCCUAAAAAAUUUUUUUUUAACCCCCAUCCUUGAUUGAACGAUGGCGAGUCGUUCGAUCAAGGAUGGGGGGAGUAACAGAGUUUUGCUUACGAAUUAUGGAUUUGCUUUGAAAAAUAAUAAAUAUAAUUAUGCAAGAGUCAAAUUCACAUUAAAUCAGCUCUUACAGCCAAUUCAAGUGGAAAAGCUGAGUAAAAAUUAUAAUGGGAAAAUGCAAAUGGCUUUUAAAAUAAAAAAAUCUAAACUGAAUUUGGAGCUUAUAGGAGUUUUACGAGGUCUCUUAUGAAAUGCUAUCUGCAAUAGGCCUAAAGCUUUUUUUUAUCCUUGUGACCCUGAUCUCGAGAUGGCAGUAAUGCAGAGAAUGAAAACUUUACUAAACCAUUCACUUGAGCAAUAUGCUACAACGGCAGAAUAUGAUGAAAAACUAUUAGAAGCAGCUGAAGGUCGACAGUAUUAUGCUGUUUUAUAUAGAUUAAAUGUAAAAGAGUGCAUAGUCCAAAAUAUUUCUUUGAUAGAUUCUGCGAUAAAGGUAAUUGAAAUAUUAAAAGAAACUAUACCUAGUGAAGGCUUAAAUAAAAAUACAAAACUUGACCCUUUUUCUAUUGAAGGUAAAAUAUAUGUAGGCAUUGAUGAAUUUCAAAAUAAAAUUAAAGAAUAUUUAGAAACAUAUAAUUAUUAG